AGCCCAUAUACUCCACCCCACUUAUCGGUCUAUCUCUCUUCUUCUCCAAAUGCACAAAAUAGGGAAAAAUCCUCCCACAAAAUCAGAAUUUCCGCCGCCUCAUCCAGCUCCACACCUCGCUGCCGUCGACUAGCCAUUCCUCCGGCGUCGCCGGCGUGUUCCCUCCCAACCUUUCUUCUCUUCUUCCCCCACUCCCCUCUCCUAUCUCGGCUCUGCUCAUGCCGCCGCUGCUGUGUGCUCGGCGGCUCGCCGUCGCGGCCUCCGUCUCUCUCUCUCUCGGGAUUCCGCCGCCACCACCGAUCACCGCUGCUACGCACCGCCUCAGCCGCCGCUGCCCUAUCUCUCCUGAUCCACCACCGCCUCGCUGUGCAUGCACAGGCAGCGGCUUCCUCCGUGCCUCGCGCUGCCGGAGCAGCUCCCCGAAGCCACCACAGUCGCAGCCUUCUCGCCGAACUCCGAAUGAUUGUAAAGGUCUUGAAAUCAUUGAAUCGGUGACAUAUCGGGGUUGUGGGGCUGUCCUCGUGUCGAUGAGGUGCCUUAAGUCCAUUCGCCGGAAUCCGGAGAAUUAUGCUUAUGAGAUAAGUUUUCCAAUUGAUUUAGUUAUUAAGGUAUAUGCUUCCUUCCUUUUUACUUCAUGAAUUUGGUGAAUUUGGGGCAUUUGUCUUACUGUUAUGGAUGGCUUGAUGGUGGGAGAUGAUGUUAAACUUGUUGUGUAUUUGUUAAUGUUACUUGGGCAGAUUCUACUUUCAAAUUAUGGAUGCAUAUGCUUGUACAUAUACGAAAGAAAUGAUGGCUUGGGAUUUAUCUGAGAUUUCUCACUGCACCCUCUCCCGACUCUCCUCCAAUUCUCAUUUCUGUGACAAAAAAGUUUUUUUGUAAAUGUGGUGUAGACUCUGGGAUUAUAUUUGCUGUGAUCAAGCAAGAGGUGGAGGAGCAGAAUCAAGCAGGAGGUGGAUGGUGGAUAGAUACGUGGCUUGAAUGGGAGGAGCGUAAUCAAGGAGAAAGAGGUGGAGCGCAGCUGCUGAUUUGAAGAGUCUGGCGUUGGAUACUUUGGGCUCUAUUAGUGAAUUGGGUUUUUCAAGAGUGGGCUCCAAGCUGAAGCAUUUUUUCGUUCUUCUUAAUUUGAGCCCAAGAUGGCUUUAUGUUAAGCCCACUAUGCUUUAUUUCUUAGAUUCAAACUCUUAAUACUUUGAUAAUUAAUACUUUAGUGGUAUGCUAAUUACUAAACAUACAUUACAAUUCUUA